UCAAUCUAGUUCAUCAUGCGCUCCAUAGUCUUUGCCGUUGUGAUCUUCGCCGGAAUCCUGGCCUACAGCAGUGCGGCUCCUCAGCUGAACUUGGCUUGGCUGCAGGGUCUCCUGGCGGAGGCUGGUGAAAGGAACACGACGGUUAAGUUCGGCAACAACACGGUAAUCAUCUCGGGAGUAUCCAAUGCUAAUGCCAAUGCCAACGAGGGGUCUAUUCGUCCAUCUCCGCCAUCGAACCAAAACUAUUACAACUACGGUAACGGAGGCUAUUACGGAGGCUAUCCCUACUACUACUACAAUGGAUACUAUCGCAUGGUCCCCAACGCCGAUGGAGAGAUCGUCGAGGGACCCCAGAACAGCGCAGAGGUAUCCCACGAGAUUUCCCAAGAUCUAAGUGACGACGAAUCUGGCGAGGAUGAAGUCCAGCACAAUGCUGAAGCCGAUCUCUCACAGGACCAGCUCGAUGAGGAGGAAGAGGAGCGGCUCGAUGCCGAAGAGUACGGUGAUGACGAAGAUGAAACUGAGGAGGCUCAUGAGGAGGAGGAUGAGCAGACUGAUCCCGAGGAAGAUGCUGAAGAUCAGGCCCUAGAUGCCUUCGAGAAGGAACUGGCCUCCGAGGAAGCACAAUUAGCUUAAUAGGAAAUAUAGCAAAACUCGAAAACAUUUCAUUGGCAAUGGGUUGUAACAGCAACCUCUAACAUUUAUUUCAUUUCAUAACUUUGCGAUCAUACAAAAUAAAAAGUUUAUACAAAAA